GUGUAUAACCGAUGCAAAGUAUCAACAAGCAAUAGGAAUGUCAAUUGAAUGCCGAAGGUUGGAUAAACUUAAGGAAGCGAUUACAAAGAGUGAAAAUGUUCAUGCAACUCUGUCAUAUUGCACGGAUGUAUCUCAUGCUUUCGUCAAUAGGAGAGAAUAUCGCCGUGAGGUACUUCUUCUUCUUGUCAAAGUAUACCAAGAUCUUGCAUCCCCCGACUACUUAAACAUUUGCCAGUGCCUUAUGUUCCUCGAUCAACCCGAUGGUGUUGCAAGCAUACUCGAGAAACUUUUAAGAUCCGAAAACAAAGAUGAUGCGAUGAUGGCAUUUCAAGUCGCUUUUGAUUUAAUUGAAAAUGAGCACCAAGCUUUUCUACUGAGUGUCAGAGACCAGUUGUCAAGUCCCAAGUUGAAACCUGAAACGCCAGCUGUCACAGAGCGAAAUCCCUCUGUGUCAGAGGACACUCAAAUGGCUGAUGAAACACAACCACUUAUUGCUACAGAGGUUACAGUGCCUGAAUCUGAUGAUCCAACUGAAGUGACAUAUGCUGAGAGGUUGACUAAAUUGAAGGGGAUAUUGUCUAGUGAAACUUCGAUUUAGUUGACUCUCCAGUUUUUAUACAGUCAUAACAAGUCGGAUCUGCUUAUUCUCAAGACAAUAAAGCAAUCAAUCGAGAUGAGAAACAGCGUUUGCCACAGUGCAACAAUAUAUGCUAACGCCCUUAUGCACGCUGGAACAACCGUAGACACAUUUUUAAGAGAAAAUCUGGAUUGGUUGAGCAGAGCCACAAACUGCGCUAAAUUCAGUGCAACAGCCGGGUUAGGUGUUAUUCAUCGAGGCCAUAUUCAACAAGGAAGAUCGCUCAUGGCUCCUUAUCUUCCUCAAAGUGGGUCCGGUGGUGGUAGUCCCUAUUCUGAAGGUGGGGCCCUCUAUGCUUUGGGUUUAAUUCAUGUUUGUUCAUUAUGAAAAUGGGUAUGUUCGUGUUCGUUUAAAACUAAAUUAACAGUUCACGAACGUAAACGAACACAAAUGAACAUAAUUGGAAUAAAAUAAAUGAAGACAAAUGAACCAAAACUAGUUUUUUUUUUUAUAUUUAAAUUAGUGAUCAAUUACGAUAAGUUCCACUGUAAAGCUUAUUUUUAAUACUAGAAAGCUUAACUACUAAUUAUUUAU